CGAUCGCGUAGAAGAUGGGCUUUAACGCUAUCCACCGUCGCCUCCGCUGCGGCCCUCAUACACUCAAUCUUAUCGGACAAAUACUACUCUGGGGCAAGGACAGCGAUUCCUACGAUAACAGUGCGAGCGAGGCUACCGCCAAGGAUAGAUAUAUGA